AUGUGGGUCUCAUCAGGUUCUUCUUCUGCUUCUAUGGAGGUGAAUGCAGUUCAAGUUAAUAACAAUCUAGCGAAUGAUAUCGAUGAGCAGCGAGAUGAACAAUCACUUUCUCCAGAAAGGUCCAAUGCUUAUAAUGUUUUCGGUGAUCCAGAUCCGGAAUUAUCUCCUCGAGUGGGUGAGGACUACCAGGUUGAAAUUCCUGCUUUAAUUUCAAAAUCCGAGUAUUGUUUGUUUCGAAGGAACACCGACGAUGCAGAAAGUACUAUUCGUAACUUUCGAGUAGGAUUACCUAUUCCAAUUAUUUGGAUAAAGGAUGGAGCAGAGAAGAGCAAUGCCGAUCGACCAAGAAACGAAUGCAAGUUGAUUUCUGAUAUGCAGCAAGAAACAAAGAUUGGGAUGCUUGAGGAGGAUGAACAUAAAGGGCAGAUUCUGGUUCCCGGUUCUCGAAGUGACAACUGGACUGAAGUUGAAGAGGCCGGUUUCGUCCUUGGUUUGUAUAUAUUUGGGAAGAACCUCGUUCAAGUGAAAAGAUUUAUCGGCAAUAAGAAGAUGGAGGAUAUACUGUCAUUCUAUUAUGGGAAAUUUUAUAAGUCUGACAAAUAUCAGAGAUGGGAUGGAUGUAGGAAAAUGAAAAGCAGGAAACGCGUGUUCGGGCAGAGAAUUUUCACCGGACAAAGGCAACACGAGCUUUUGUCUCGUCUACUACCGAAUGUAUCACAGGAAUGUCAAAAGGAAUUACUUGAGGCGUCGAAGACAUUUGUAGAGGGAAAAAUGCUUUUAGAAGAAUAUGUUUUAACUCUAAAAGCUUCGGUUGGGAUCAAAGCACUUGUUGAGGGAGUAGGAAUUGGUAAAGGGAAACAAGAUCUUACUGGUGUCUCUAUUGAUUCUGUACGGUCCACUCAAGCCGUUCCGUUUCGCGCAGAAAUACCGGUUGGUAAAGCAUGUUCAAUGCUUUCAACUUCAGAGAUAAUAAGCUAUCUAACAGGUGACUUCAGAUUAAGUAAAGCGCGAACAAGCGAUCUCUUUUGGGAAGCUGUUUGGCCUCGUUUACUUGCCAGAGGUUGGCACUCGGAGCAGCCUAGAUGUUAUAACUAUUCGGUUACUUCUAAGAAUCCUCUGGUCUACCUUGUCCCCGGAGUUAAAAAGUUUUCAAGGAAGCUCGUGAAAGGGAAUCACUAUUUCGAUUCUCUAUCUGAUGUCCUCAGUAAAGUUGCGUCCGAUCCUGAGCUAAUUGAUCUCGAGAAAAAUGUGGAUGAUGACUUCUCAACCAAGGAAGGAAAUGGGUGGACGAAGGAUACAAAACUGGACAGAGAAGAUUCCCCGGCUGAUCAGCCGCGUCAUUGCUAUCUCAAGGUAAAAACUCCAAACAAUAGCGCAGAUGUAAUUAAAUUCACUGUUGUGGAUACAAGUCUGGCGAAUGAAAAGACGAGAAAUGUGAAAGAACUGAAAAGCCUACCAUUUGGAGUUUUAGAAGCUUCUAGUUUGGAAAUUGAUUCGGACGAUGAAAAUACUUCAGAAGAGGAGAAAACAAAUGAUUCCGAGUCUGUAAAAGGCAAAUACUUUGAUAACGGGAAGAAUGAUAUUACUAAAUCCGGUAAACUUAACAUUGUUAAGGGUGAAUCUUCAGACUUGAGUGGUUUUGAAAGCAAGCCUUCGAAAGAGAAGCUUCCAAGAAGCAACAUGGUCUGCGCUAGUGUAUCAGCUGCCUCGAUAGACCAGAAGACGGACUUCUUGGAUAACAAAAAGAGAAAAGACGGUGUGAAGUGUCAAUCACUCUCGAAGAUGGUAUCUGAUAACAUAAUUGAUCUGGUCCCUAUUACAAAAAAGAGAAGGAGAUUAACUGCAUGUAGCCGUGCAAAGACAAACGGAAGCACGAGUUUCUUUGCGGUUUCUCCGAGAGUUAAACAAGAGGAGUCAAGUUUCUGUCAGGAUCAAGACAGCUCAAAAUACCGCGAGAAUGUAACUGCUGAUUUUUUGGCUCCUAGAGUAAAACAAGAGAAGUGUCCUUACAAUUCAAAAUCUAGUGAUAGUGCUCAUUCAUCUGCGGAGAAGUUAGUUCCACCUCAGGAGGUUAACUAUUUAGCGCGUUUUCCAACUCAGGAGACAAAAAAGUUAGCAGAACCUCUGCCAAAUCUUGGCUCAUUCAUCUGCAGAGAAAGUGUUCCUGGUACGAGCUCUUCCGGCACAAGAGAACAACAUCAGAAACCUCAGCCGCGGACUAUGAUUGACCUUAACUUACCUGUCUCACCGGAAGUUGAUGCUGAUGAGCCUUUUGUGAAUGAAGUGACUGAGGUACAGAAAACUGAUACAAGCAAGGAAUCGGGUGAGAUCAGUGCAGGGACAAACAUCGAGCCGGUUGAUCACUCAGAGCAGCAGCCUGACGUGCAAGCCCGGAGGACAGGCACAAGAAACCGACCCCCGACAGCAAAAGUUCUGGAAGCUUUUGCCUUCGGAUAUCUAGACAAAAAGGAGAAGCGUGUCAGAAGUAGGGACAGCUCAGGAUCAAAAGCUUCGCGACGCGUGCGUCAUAAGGUCGAAGGCUCUAGUAGCGGUGCUGUUGCAGAUACUGAAAAAGAGGGAAGAAUGAAUUUCGCCUGCAACGGUAAUGGUAGCGCUGGCAGUAACGACGAUGUGUUAUAUACAGGUUUCAAACAAUGA